UAUGGCUUUGCUGCCAGUGUUCAGGCUUUGCUUAUUGGGGGUGUUGGUGUUGAGCACACGGUCCAGGGAGAAGAACUGGGUAUCUUUCUUUUUUCCAGAAUGGCAAGCUUUGAGAGAGCAUCACCAGCUCUGAAGGAGAUACUGCUCAGAAUUUACAGUGCAGAAAAGCCUAUAGAGGUCGAUCAUCAGUUGUAUGAAUUUGGCUCUGUUGAAUACCACAUUAAGUCUUCAGCAUCUGAUCCACAAUUUACCUACUUGUCAAUAUCAACUCCACUACUGACCCAAGAAGUGUUGCUUUCAUAUGGGCUAUCACCGUAUACCAUGCAAAUGGUAAGGGAAAUCUCUGCUGAUGUUCUGGAGAUCGUAGAACCUGCAAAAGAAGGAUACCAACUUACUCUACGACUUGAUUUUUCUAGGAUUCCACGUGGCAUAGACUCUAUGAAGGUAAUUACAGAAGUUUCCUCUGUCCAAGCCGUUAUACUAAGCUCUCAGUUGAAAGAAAUGCUGCAGAAUGUGAAUUCCUGGGAUACAUCUCAAGGGAUGUACAAACCGAUCAAACUUGUUUAUCACCCAAGAGAACCUUUCUACGUCAUCAGACAGCCUCAAAAAAUAAUAGCAGUAUUCCCCAUGCGCUUCAAAGAAUAUUCAGAUGUGAUCAUCGCAACAUCCUUCUUUCAGGUUUCUGGUGGAGAAUACAAACUUUCUGUGAUUUCUAACAUAAAAUUGAACUCUUAUUGUUGUAGCUGCAACAAAAGGGAUUCUGCUUAUUACUUAUUUGGACAGGAACUCAUGGAUGUGGGAAGUUCAGAAAAAUGGGCUAAAGUACCUCCUUGCAGCUGGUCACCAAUUCCUCCUCCAGAACUUAGAGGGGAACCUUUCGAAGAAUUGAGCACUAAUGGAGGAUUUGUCUCUUUUGAGAUAUCAUCACGCCACAUUGAAGGUAAAAGACUGGACAAGACUGUCUGGAGUCUAUUAAAUUUCUAUGCCUAUGUGAAACAUCAUGUAAAGUGCACCAGAGGUUUCAUACAAAGAAGGAUGAGAAAGCGGUUGGAAAGUUUGGUUGAGGUCCUGCAAAAUUCAAGCUUAGAAGAAGAUGGACAUAUUAAAAAGGUUAAAGGAUGGCGAUACAUGAAAAAACUGGUCACAUUAUCAUCAAAAUCUAAAAUUCUCAAACGAAGAUGUGGUGAUUUCACAAGGAAGAUCAAGAGAAUCCGUUUCCGGAUUAAAAUCCAUGGAUUUGGGCGCUUUCGUAGGAGAUGGUUGACAAUGCCAAAGUUCUCUUCUCCAAUAGGAUAUACUAAACUAGAAUAACUUUCUUUCUGUAUUUAUCCAUUUCCCUGUUCAUCAUAGUUAGGACAGUGCAACCAGUGACAUAAAUAGACUUCCAUUAUCCUUUUGAUUGUAACAAGCACCUUGGGUCUUCACAAAUCUAACAUUGAUACAAGAGGUGAAAGAAAGAAGAGUUCUACUGUUAAUAGUCA